CCUAUGCAAGUUUGUUCAUUAACACUUAACAGAGUAACAUAUAUCUUAGAUAAAGAUUAUAUUUAUAGUAAGUGAUAAAAUCAUGAACAAGGCACGCUUUGGAUUUUUCUUCAUUUUGCUUGUUCUCCUUGCUUCACAGAUGGUGGUAGAAACAGAGGGAAGACACUGUGAAUCUAAGAGUCAUAGGUUUAAAGGGAUGUGUUUGAGUGAUCACAAUUGUGCUUCAGUUUGUCAUGUUGAAGGUUUUCCAGGUGGUAAUUGCAGGGGAUUCCGUAGACGCUGCUUCUGCAAAAAGCGUUGUUAAUCACUUAUUAGUGCUUAAUUAGCUUUUGCAGUUUCACUAGCUACUCCUUAAUUUUAAUUACUUUUGUGUCUUGUUUUAUUUUAAUUUGUUUGUAUUUUGCUUUUAUUUGUAUCUUUGACAGCAUUCAGUAAUGCUUUUGUGAUGUAUUUUCAAUGGAAGAGUAGUGAAAUUGCACCAUUGUCAUCUAUUUAUUAUUGUUUACACUAAAAAAUAUUCGAAGUUGUUGUUAGUUAUUUU